ACAACAAUUGUUGGUCGAAAAGAUCCUAAACCACAGAUCUGAACAUUCCAGCAAUAAACUGGACAUAUUACCGGAAUAUGCCACGAGAACGAGAUCCUUUCCCGUUCCCGCGAUAUGAGAACGACAAUACUUUCACAGGGAGUAAGGAAAUUCAGAAAUUGUUUUAUGAGGAACCAACACAUCUUGCUCAAAAUAAUGAACCGUGGAGGAGACUCUACAACACGGAAACAAUGUCUAGUUCCCGUCGAAAUAUCUUUAAUCGGGAUAAUACAGCACCACGAGACAGUCUGGACAUCCAUCUAAAAUCGAUAUAUAAUCAUCACAUUGGAUUAUUUAAGAACAAGAGCCAUACUGUGACACAGAAAGAAACCGUUUCAGAGGACAAUGGCAAGAAUUCAGAAGUUCCAGUACGUGAGGCCGAAUACAAAGGAAUUAAAGUGUGGGUCGACUCACAGAAAGCCUCCAUACACAGUAUUAAAGGGACAAUAGAGUCCCACCACUCGGCCUCUACAAACCGAGGUUACUCAAGGAAGCAUGAUGGCGGCUUUUACUCCACGUAAAAGUUUGAAACCCUCCUAAAUAAAACAAUAAAACAAAUAAACAGUAAUAAAAAG